GGGGGGCUCAGUCGGCGCGGAGCCAAGAGCUUACAGGGGGAGAUUGGAUCUCAGAGGUUGUCCCCUCUAGGGUUUAGCCCGGGGGUUUAUAUAUCCACCCUCGGUCUAGGGUUACAAGGAGAUAACUCCGAAUCAUGUCAGUUGCUACUAAUCCGGGAUACAUCACCCUUCUGCAAGUAAUCUCCUUAUCCGGCCGUACGGAUUUCCUCCUUGGAUCUUCGGCCCAGUCGCCUUCGAGUCCAGUUGGCCGGGCGACUGGCAGUCUACUUGGGCCUUCAUCUCAUGGCGAGUGGGACUUGCGACCGACCUCCUAUGGGCAUAUCCCCAUCAGACGCGGUUUGAUAUUAAAAAAAAAGACUUUUCGUUGCUUCUAGUCUAGCUUAGAUAGUAAAAGACUUCUCAGUUCUCUCUCCAUCAUUUCUCUGACCCUCUCUCUCGCAGUGAAGAAUCAAGAUGGAGUUUGCCAAGGAAGUGGUUCUCCCCGCGGCACUGUCCGAGCUUCUCGCCAGGCUCUUCUCCUUCGCGCUCGACAACUUCCCACGACUGGGCGGACGAGGGAGCGGCGACGCACACCGACGUAGGCUGGAGCGCCUCCUCGCGAGCAUCGGCGGCACGGUGGAGGAGGCGGAGGGACGGCACAUCACCAACGAUCACCUCCUCUCACACCUAAAGGCGCUCACCGCCGGCAUGUACCGUGCCCGCUUCGCCCUCGAAGCGACGGACAUCGAUGUCGGCGACGACGACGUGGUCGAGCGUCGACGCUCCCUCGCGCUCUCGUCUACGUUCAACAGCGCCAAGCGUCUCCGCGUCGCAAGCCUGGUCUUCGGCCGGGUCAACCACGACGAAAAACUCGCCGUCGCCAUCGAGGAGCUGGAGAGCUUGACGCGCGACUGCAUGCGAGAGUUCGUGCUGCUGGUGCAGGGCUACCCCCGGCGGGUGCACCGGCCGGUCGCCACUACGCUGUACAUGGACCGGCGCGUGUUCGGGCGGCACGUCGAGACGGAGCGCGUGGUUAACUUCCUGCUGCAGCCGGAGCCGGCCGGUGCUCCUCCGUACCUAAGCGUCCUCCCCAUCAUCGGCCGCAUCAAGGCAGGAAAGACCACGCUCGUCAGGCACGCCUGCGACGACGAGCGCGUGCGCGGCCACUUCUCGCUCGUCGAGUGCUUCCAGCUGGACCACGUCGUCAGGGAGGGUGGGCACCCGGACCAAACCCUCUGGGCCAGCGACGGCGGCGAGUACCUCGCCGGCGUGCGCAGGAUCCUCGGAAAGGACGAGAGGUUCGCGUCGCGGAGGUCGCUCCUUAUCUUCGAGGACGCCUGGCCCAUCGACCCGUCGGCGUGGAGCGCGUUCGCCGCGUCGCCCGCCGCCGCCACCAUGCUGGCAGCCGGGAGCAAGCUCCUGCUCACGAGCCGCGACAGCGACAACGCAUGCCUCGGCACGGUGGACCCCGUUGUGGUCAGACCGCUGCCGCAGGAGGAGUACUGGUACUACUUCAAGGCGUUCGCGUUCGGCGGCAUGGACGCCGGCGACCACCCGAGGAUGGCGGCCAUGGGCAAGGAGAUGGCCCGGCAGCUGGGCGGGACGUUCUUGGGCGCAAGGAUGGUUGGCACGCUGCUCAGGUCGAAAUUUGACGUCCGGUUCUGGCGUCGUUUGAUGGAAGCUAUGGUCAAGUGCUCCGGAAGGCGGCCUUAUCCUGUCCAUGUGAAUUUUCUGCUCGAGUUACUGUCAAGUCUUGGCAAGCUGCAGUCCUAUGGCUCAUCUGCCUGCCCUCCCAGGCUCACUCUUCGUGACGCGUUGUGUAACCAUGCCGCCAGGACUACUAGUGACAGUGGGCAUUUGGGAAGUGGUGGACAGUUUACCAUCCAUCUUUGCAGGGAGACCCUGUACAUGGAUCACUGGUAUACCAUCACUCUUGGGGAUCGAGGUCGAGGAAUGACUCAGUGAUUAGGAAGGUUAGUUUCUUAGAUUUACAGGGGGGGGUGCAUUUUCUAAGCAUGUUUUAUCAACGACCACUCGACCAGUAAACUUUGAUCAAGCACAACAUCUUAUUCUACCCUAAGGCGGAGAAGGUAAUGUACUAAUGUGCGAGUA